AAUAUUGUAUCUCAACGGAUGGCAGCCAUCUUUUCUUUCUUUUGCUUUUACGAAGUUAAGUAGCCAACAUGGGUUUUGCUAAUCUUUGGUAUUCGCAUCCACGUAAAUACGGCCAAGGCUCCAGAUGCUGCCGUGCCUGCUCUAACCGUCAUGGUUUGAUCCGCAAAUAUGGCUUGAACAUUUGCCGUCAAUGCUUCAGAGAAUACGCCAAUGAUAUUGGCUUCAAGAAGUUGGAUUAAAUCCUUCUUUUUGAUGAUGCCCACACCCCUGUGAUUGAUCUUUGAAUGUUUCUGUAAAGCAAUUUUGUUUACUGAAAUUGAUGGAAUUGUUACCAUCUGGAAGCAGGCUUCGCUACUUCAGGGGUUGUGUACUUUUUUCCUCAUAUUGUUGGAGAAUCUCUUACUUGAGCUAUCCAAUGGUUAAAUAAAAGAUUUUUUAAUUUAAAAAAA